CGGGAAAGUCCCGGAUUUCCCGGCCAUCUGGCCACCCUAACGGUAUGCCUAACUGGUUGAGUCACGCACCCACCUUGUUAAUUAAAUAUCCCCUAAUGGAGGGCACACCACACCUCAUUUGUUAGGUCACGCGACUCGAGCGCUGAUACCUUCGGCUCUGGCAACAACUAUAAAGCCCAAAGUGGCCUGAUUCUGUCUACAAUCGAAGUUCUUUUCAUCAAUAUUUCAGAAUUUUUAAAGGGUUAACAAACAGCAUAGAUCACCAAAAAAUAAAUAAAUUAUCCGGGUCCUAGUCCAGUGGUCCAGUGGUUUAAAGACGUCUGUGAUCGAAAGGUCGCCCAGAGACUCACUAAUCUGUAAAUACUUAUAUUACAUACUUAAACCAUCGAAAAAAAUGGGAUAAAAUUGAUGAAGUAAACUUUGAUUGCGUGAGAUUCGGGCCCCAGGUUCAUUAUGACCCGUGCCACGGAGUUUGUAUUGCGUCACUUGCUUCUGGUGAAAGACACCUGCACACUGGUUCACAGUUUAGUUCACUCGUGUUUGGCGAUUAUAUUUGCCACUAAAUGUCGGUAGGUAGUCGUAAAAGUCAUGGCAUGUGCCUUUAGGCGGCUUGAAUAAAAUCUGACACCAGUGUCAGCAAUACCACAAUCGAUAUGAAACAAAUGACUAUGCAUGCAAAAACAGCGGCGGUCCAAUGGUUCAAGAAUAGGUCCAAAGUUUAUACCAAUUUGAUUCAAGUUUAAACUACCACUUGCUCCUGUGAAGGAAAACAUUGUGAGGCAACCUGCUCUCCACUACUGUAUGUGUUACAUUCCACAUAAUAGCCACGACCCACGACCCUCAGCCAUGAAGAAUACUAGACUCUAUGAUAGUUUCCAUGGCAACGCGUUUGGUAAACAUAAGCGCGCUUUAAUGUUAAAUAACAAAUAAUUUUAUUUUUGACUAAAAGACUUACAUAUAUAAAUAAAAUGAUUCUCUCCCGGUCCAAGCCGGCUACUGACAGCCGUGCCAGCACUGGCAACAGCUCAGCCAAGAGGAGCUUUCCGGAGCUGGAGGACUUCAUUCUAAAGAGGGAUUAUGUCGGCGGCCUUACUAUGCUGGAGUUCCUGAAACACGAAGGGAAUACAGAAGUGUGGGCGGAGGUCUGGUCAGCUUGGUGUUGGUUCCACCUGGGCGAUUACCGGAGAGCGCUGGAUGCGUACCAACGGGUCAAGACCAUGGACAAUUUGGACACAAGGAUCUUGGACAACUUAGACAUGGACCUAGCUGUCUGCUACUUCUACUUAGGAAUGUACAAGGAGUCUCAGGAAGCUAUUGAUAAAUCACCUAAGUGUGCUCUCAAGACCAGGCUAUUGUUCCACCUGGCCCAUAAGCGCGGAGACGAGGAUUCGCUGAUGAAAGCACACUCCUCACUUAGAGACGUGCCAGAAGACCAGCUCAGCUUGGCCUCCGUCCACUAUCUCCGAGCCCAUUACCAGGAAGCCAUUGAUGUGUACAAGAAGCUGCUGCUGGAUAGGCGAUACAAACGAUAUGACAAAGAUGACAUGGACUGGAUAAAAGCCUUGUCGCAUUCGCCUAGUCAAUACAUGGCGCUGAAUGUGUACGUGGCGCUCUGCUACUACAAGUUGGACUAUUAUGACGUAUCGCAGGAGGUGCUCGGGGUGUACCUGGCACAGCAUCCCACCUCCACAGUAGCUGGGAACCUGAAGGCAUGCAACCUAUUCAGACUGUAUAACGGCAAAGCAGCAGAGAAUGAACUGAAGCAGAUUUCGUCCGAGCAACACACCUUCGGACAGGAUUUGGUGAAGCACAAUCUUGUUGUGUUCAGAAAUGGAGAAGGAGCACUGAAGGUACUCCCUGAACUGGUGGACGUUGUCCCUGAAGCUCGCUUGAACCUAGCAGGGUACCGACUGCGGAAUAGGGAGCCGGUGGAAGCCAGGGAACUGCUGGAGCCGCUUCAGCCCACCUCCCCGCUGCACUACAUCCUGAGGGCGGUUGUGGCUGUGAGACUUUACAACGAAACUGGAGAUGAAGAACAAAUGAAGCUUGCGCAGCAGAGUUUCCACCUGGUCGGCAGUUCGGCGUCCGAGUGCGACACCAUCCCAGGCAGACAGUGCAUGGCCUCCUCCUACUUCCUCGCGGCCCAGUUCGAGGAGGUGCUGGUCUACCUCAACUCCAUCAAGAGUUUCUUCGUCAACGAUGACACGUUCAACAUCAACUAUGCUCAGGCAAAAGUGGCUACAGGCUUCUACCGGGAAGCGGAGGAGUGUCUCCUCAGCAUCCAGGACGAGGCCAUUCGGAGCUCCUUCACGUACCUGGCGUGUCUGUGUCGCUGUCACGUGAUGAACAAGGAUGCCCAUCUCGCCUGGGAGAUCUGUGUCAAGUUUGCAGGCACGCCGGAUAGCUUCGCACUGCUGCAGCUGGUGGCCAAUGACAGCUACCGCAUGGGACAGUUUCUGGUGGCUGCCAAGGCCUUCCACAUGCUCGACAGGCUGGACGGGGGUCCAGAGAUGUGGGAGGGGCUGCGCGGAGCAGUGUGCGGGUGUGCGCAGGCGGCGGCGGCCGGGAAACACCAAGCGGCGGCUGAUUUGAGGGACGCGCUCGCUCUGCUCAAAGGGUCCCGGGCCCACCCUCGCUCGGAUCAGAUAGUGAGGCCGAUCGUGAAGUGGGCUCAGCAGAACAGGAUCGCGGUCUGAUUGUGAAGGAGUCUACUCAUCAUAUGGACAAACAAUUCAACUUAGAAAAUUAUUUGUCCAAUAUUAAGUUAUUACCUACUUACAGUCUUAAAUAAAAAAUGAUUUUAUGAACUAUAAUUUUUCACCAUUACAAUACCAAAUCGGAUGGUUGUAAUUGGUUCUAAGUGUUACCAUACAAGUGAACAAGAGCUCUCAUUUGUUUUCUUCUCUUUUGAGAUGGACUUUGUUACAGAGGACGUUAGGUUCCCUCUACUGUGAGCUUCGCGAUGGCUGACUCACGCUUAUAGGGACCAACACUGUUUGAAUGAGUUUCUUUCGGCAUUUCUUCUCAGCAGAGGUCGUUCCGAAAUGCUUGUAGUUUGUAGCUUUGGUAAACAUCAUUUAAUUUAGAAUAUGACGUGAAAAAGUGCCUGUGAAGGCCUAAUUUCUGAAUAAAUGAUUUUGAUUUUGAUUCAGUAAGAAUUACAUAAUCCCACUGCUGGCCAAAAGCCUCCCCUAACUUCCUCUGUAUUCUCUUGCCAUCAAAAAGUUCGACAAAGUUACAUAAUACUUUGUCGAACUUUGAACAAAAAAUAAUGUAUAAGUGGAGUGCCGCCUUAAAAUGAAAAAAACUUUACACUAGAUAUCUAAUGCGAUAAUCUCUGAUUUUAUACCGACGCUCAGUUAUCAGACCUAAAAGACAUACCUAAGAUAACAGUUUUGUAAUUUCGGAAUGUAACUAUAGCUUUUACCCGGCGCAGACGCACGAAAUUAACGCGUGUUAAUAAUUAUUAUAAUCAAUAUCUCGAGUUCUAAGCAACGUAUCGCGAUUAAACCUAUACCAGAUUUUAAGUUAGACUAUCCCUUUACAGCUGUGAAAACCACUUCAAAUUCUAUCCAGUAGUUUUUGCGUGAUGCCCGAACAAACAGACAGACAAAAAUUCAUAAAAUAUAUAUAUUUUGGCUUCUAUUAGUCCCAUAAAGACCCCCACAAUUAUUUUUCUUUGAUAUCUCCUAUGUACAGACAGACAUAGCCCACUUAUAGUUUUAUUAUAUGUAUUUGAUAUAGAAUAGAUUAAUGUACUUCACUUCAAGGAAUUAAUGUGAUUAAAUGAUUUGAAAUAAU